UGCGCAGGCGCGGGGGCAGGUUAAAGGAGGGUCGGGCAUCAGCUGACUUUAUCCCUGCGUCUAGCCUACCCCCCGACUCCCGGGCGACCCUGCAGCGGGGUCGUCCCUUCAGUGCCAGCGCCUGGACUGCGUACUUCGUGACGCUGUCCUCGGGCCUGUUCGCGCCGUAGCAGCUCGGGAUUGCACAGCAAUAAGCGAGCAGACAUGGGGAAGUCUUUUUCUCAUUUGCCUUUGCAUUCAACUAAAGAAGAUGCUUAUGGUGGAGUUGCAUCGACAGAAAACAUGAGGAAUGGACUCGUUAGUAGCGAAGUCCAUAAUGAAGAUGGAAGAAGUGGAGAUGUCUCUCAGUUUCCGUAUGUGGAGUUUACAGGAAGAGACAGUGUCACUUGCCCCACUUGUCAAGGAACAGGAAGAAUUCCUAGGGGGCAAGAAAACCAGUUGGUGGCAUUAAUUCCAUAUAGUGAUCAGAGAUUAAGGCCAAGAAGAACAAAACUGUACGUGAUGGCUUCUGUGUUUGUCUGUCUGCUGAUUUCUGGGUUGGCUGUGUUUUUCCUUUUCCCUCGCUCUAUCGACGUGAAAUACAUUGGUGUAAAAUCAGCAUACGUCAGUUAUGAUACUGAAAAGCGUACAAUAUAUUUAAAUAUUACAAACACAUUGAAUAUAACGAACAAUAACUAUUACUCUGUGGAAGUUGAAAACAUCACUGCACAAGUUCAGUUUUCAAAAACAGUUAUUGGAAAGGCACGCUUAAACAACAUAACAAAUAUUGGUCCCCUGGAUAUGAAACAGAUUGAUUACACAGUACCUACUAUCAUAGCAGAGGAAAUGAGUUAUAUGUAUGAUUUCUGUACACUGAAUUACAUCAAAGUGCAUAACAUAGUACUCAUGAUGCAAGUCACUGUGACAACAUCCUACUUUGGACACCCUGAACAGAUAUCCAAGGAGAGGUACCAGUAUGUGGACUGCGGGAGGAACACAACCUACCAGCUGGGGCAGUCUGAGUAUCUGAACGUGCUCCAGCCACAGCAGUAGAAUCGAAAGAGAUGCAGCUACAGGAGAAAUCCCUAUUGAUAUUUUUUAAACGCUGAGGUACUUACUCCCUGAUUGAUCUUAAAUUGAACAAACCUAAAAUAGAGCUAAAAGUCUGUGGACUUGCAGGUUCCUGCAGCUCUUCACUCUGUGUUCAUGACAUUUGUAACAGGAUCCCAAAUCUAACUUUACUGAUUGGUUUUCUUCUCUCUGCCCCCACUCCUCCAAGGGGGAAACUGAGACUUUCGCUACAGGACACCUAAGUAUUUAAAAUUCACAGCUCCAGUCACUACUGAAAACAUAAGUUUGGUGAUGCACAUAAUUUGAGGAACUUUAUUUCUGAAAGAUUUUAUAGACUAUUACCUGGUAGCCUGUUCUUUAUGAAAGACUUUUAAGGAAUAACCUUUUUUUCCCUCUUAUAAAUUUCCAUUGCUGCAAGGCAGUAUUUCAACUAUAUGGUAUUUUACCUUUUAGCUAAAUGUUUUUAGUUUUUCAUUUGUUGAAAUUCUACUCAAUUGCGUUUUUUUUGUCCUAAAGUCUCUAAAUAAUGUUUCACAUGUCUUUCCAUUUUAUAGUUUUGUGAAAAUUUUGUGUAGUCUUCAAACACAGUUAAUGUACAAUAUUGUAGAUAAACUGCAUGGCUUUUAUACAACUUUAAUAAAUAUCAAAUAAAGUGACACAGAUUCAAAGUAAAGUAAGUAGCUCAUAAAUAUAAAACAGGAAAUGGAAUUCAGAAACCUAUGGAAUGUGAAUGUUUCCAUUUACAUACUAGAUCAGGCAUAAGGUAGACUUUUUGGAAUAAAUUAUUUUGAUGCUCCACUUCUUUUUAAUGUUGCUUUUCAUACUAGAAAUUGUGAAGAUACUUCACAACUAUUCGGUACCCAAGUUACCAAUUUUAUGAAUGCUUUAGGGGUGGAAAUUAUUUCUUUGGUUGAAAUUAUUCAAGAAAUCAUAUUAUUAAAUGAUGGUGGCUAUAUGAAAAUAAAACCUGUAUUAUGAUUUUAAAAAUUCAGUUGCUUUGUACAUCAUAUGGAUAUCAUGUGCCUAGCAGUUACAUUUUUAAAGUUUUUACUUUAGGUUUAAAUUUUAUUUAAAAAGUUUUUUCAAGUGUAAAUUAUUGACUUAUUCACUGUGUUGUUUUAUACUUUCAGUACCAUUUACCAGUUGGGCUUUUUGCCUUUUCACUUACUAAGGUCUAAGUACCUUUUAAAGGCAUACUGCUGAGUGUAGGGGCUGAGUGUGAUACCAAAAAAGGGGGGUGAUUUCAGAUUAGUUUCUUUAUGUUCCCCAGUAACAGAAAUCAGGUUCCCCCUAACCUUCUCCUCAUAAGUGCCUAACUUAGGUCCAAAACUUACUCUUCAUCAGUCUGACGCUCAACUUUAAACAUAUACUGUAUUUAAUUAUUUAAUUAUUAAUAGUCAAUUAUUUAAUAAUUAGUAAUUACCAGUAGUUGAUAGUUAUUUAGUAAUUAUUUAUUAUGAAGCCCUCCUUCUGCCUUUAGACACACUCUGGUCUCCCUUUUGUUUCCAUAUUAUUUUCUCCCAAGUUUUCCCAGAAAAACAUUUAAAUACAUAGGUAGAAUGCUCUGCCUUUUUUUUAAACUACUCUGUCUUCCCUUAAUUCAUUCCUAAUUCACUCAUUCUUGUUGUUAACUAAAUGUCACCCCUUUACAUAUAUUAUGGACUUCAUAGUCAAACCCACUCUUUCUUUUAAUUUUUCCUUUAUUUGGACCACUGUCAUUCUUGAAACUGCACACUUCUCUAGUGUAUUGACUCUAUUUGUGUUUUGUCAUUCUCAUUUCAUUUUCCUUCACUAUCUUUUGAUGUCUUUUAACCAGUAUUAUGUAGACCCUCUUUUGCCUCAGAAUUUCUACUGCCAUGUCUUCAACAAUCAUCUAUAUUAGGGCUUCCAAAUCUGUUUCUACAUACUGGACUGAUCCCUCAUCUAGUUUUUCAUUUAGCUAGUGACUUAGAGACAAUAGUAAUUCAGUGAGUAAGUGUAAAACCAAAAAAUGUUUUUAUCAUUUUUUGGUUUUGUUCACAAUUUCUUCUCAUGCUUAUUUACUUGAAAAUAACAUUUAUUUCUUCAGAAUGAUCCUUCAGACAGGUCUUUUACAAAAAUCAGUCCUGAUUUAUUUUCUUGCUUUAUUAUCUUUUAAUCUUAGAAAAUUAUAUAGGAUAAAUUAAAUGGAUUUUUCUGUUUGUGCUUCUAAUAUUCUUUUAGAAUAAAUUCAUAGUAUCUACUGAAGAGGCAGGAAAGUGAGGGAACCUUUUCUUUCCAUGACUUGGUUUGAGUGGUUUUUUUCCUUCAUCCUCUAAAUUAAAAACUUACACCUAUUUUCUGUGAGUUUUAAGUCAGAAAAAAACUAGAAUUUAAAAUAAGUAAAAAACCAGUGGUAGAGAAAUAAAGAUCAUCUAUGACUACUUUCAGAGAGCAUUAACUAAGUACCACAAUUAGCUUAAAACAGUAGGCUGUGAAGUAAUGAAACUAUAGAAACACAUUCAGGUAAAUUCGACUUACAACCACUUUUUAAAAAAUCUGGAAAGAAUGAGUGAAGUUCAUCUUUUCUUAGGUCAUUGUCCUAUUUAGUUUCUUACAUGGUAAUAGGAUAGCUAUCAAUGCAUUUUUUAAAACUGCUCUCAGACUUUAUCUGAAGGACAUGGUACAGAUGUUACAAAUUUUUUCCGAUACUUCCAAGAAUAACUUCCUCUCAAAUUACACUUUUAAUAGACUGAUCAUUCUAACCAAGCAUCAUACUGCAACAAGCCUCGUGUGUUGAUAUUACAUGUAUAUAUAGCACUGUGUCCUUCUCAGAGCUCUUUUAUGUGUUUUUCUCAUGUGAUUUCUUAUAGCCCUAUGAGUCAGGGGAGGUAGGGUGGUGGGAUUCUCGUCUUUUAGAGAGGGAGGGAGAGGUGUGGAGAAGUUGAGGGACUUGCUGAAGUUAUUAAGUAGUUUGACAGGCCAAACCUAGUCUUUUUCUCUCCCACAUUUGUGCUCUAUUCAAAAUAUCCAUCGGAAAGUCUGUUGAUUCAGCUUAGUAUGAUCACAAACUAGAAAAACUGUUCACAUGCUUAAUAGUAACAAUCAAAAUCAUGUUGGUGGGUAACUUUAAGUUGGUACCUGAAAUAUUUCAAAUGGGAAGUGAACACAAGUAAAAUAUUUUGGAACAUAAUCUAUAGCUUAAUAUUUCUGUAAAAUUUAGUACUUGGUCAUUCCAAUAAAAAUAUGACUGAUACAUCAUCAGAAACUAUUUACAAAUAAUACAGAUUUUUGAGAUUUGAAAUACGAACAGUAUGAAAAUUAGAUACCAGAUAAAUUGUGUGAAAUUGCUAAAAUGGUCACUUUAUUGUACAUAACAUGUAAAUGACUGGUUUUGUUUGUGUACGGUUUUUCUAUGCCUUCUUUGUUUUUUUAGACCAAUGAAGUGAUUCUCUAAAAAUUCAUGACAAGAAAAUAAAACUCACUUUAGAUCCUCUGAAUUGUAGUUUGGAAAUGACGCAGUGCAUUGCUGAAAUGUAUAGGAAGUGACUACCAAAACACAAUAAAAGUAACCCAGAAGGCUUCAAAUGUUAGUCUAAUGAAGACUUUGUGGUUCUUAGCCUUAUUGUUAUGCAGUAAAAUUCUGGAUAUUUCAUUGGAGGGCAUGUUUCCAACUCUCCCAUGCUAUUUGUCUUUUUUUUAAGUUCUUAAAUAAUCCUUUAUAUGAUGAUUACAUCUUAUUUAAGAAAAUAA